AUGUAGUAACCAGUCGGCCCAGGCGCCGCAAACCCUAGGGAUCUUAGGCCGCCGCGGCGCUGCAUCGUCUUGCCGUAUUGCUCCACCGGCCCACCCGCUCUCCGCUCCUCCAGUCCCAGCACUAGCACGGUGACCAAGUCAGACCGGCGGCGCCGUUGUGCUUGUUCGUGCCGGCUGCCACGCGGAGCGGGAUGCCGCGUGCGGUGUCUCGGUCGCCGCCGUCGCACCGCCGGCGCCGCUCCCCUUCCCCGCGGUAUGGGAACCGGCGGAGUCGACGAGAUCGGAGCCGAUCCCCCUACACCUCCACACGUCGGUCUCCUUCUCCAAGAUGGGAGAGAAGCCAGUCCCCAACUCCUAGGAGGCGUAGAAGCCCUCCAUCACCAAGACGACAACGAAGACGGAGAAGUCGAAGCAAUACAAGUUCCACUGUAAAUAACUCCUGCAGCCCAAGUCAUGUAUCAGAGCAAAACAAUUUAAUUGAGAAGCAAAAAGAAGAAGGAGAUAAGAAAAGGCGCCAAAAGGAAGCUGAACUGAAGUUACUUGAAGAGGAGCUCGCUCGAAGAGUUGAAGAAUCUAUAAGAAAAAAUGUUGAGGACCGUUUGAACUCCGAGGACAUCAAAAAUGAAAUAAAACGGCGAGUUGAGGAAGGCAUCAAGCAGUUAUUUGAUGAGGUUGAUGCUCAGCUACAAAAAGAGAAGGAAACGGCUCUGCGUGAAGCCAGGCAUAAAGCUGAACAAGAAAGAAGAGAGAGGGAGGAGUUGGAUAGGAUGCUUGAGGAGAAUCGGCGAAAAGUAGAGGAAGCUCAAAGAAAAGAAGCACUGGAACAACAGCAGAAAGAGCUAGAGCGAUUUUUAGAGUUGGAAAGAAUUCAAAAGCAAAGGGAAGACGCGAUGCGUAGAAAGAAGAUAGAGGAGGAGGAAGAUAGAGCUAAUCAGAUGAAAUUACUUGGGAAGAAUAACCGUUGAUUUGGUUUCAGUAUUAUGAUCUGUUUCAUCUGACAAGAUUAGGCAUACUCGCUCUGUCUCAAGAUAUAAUGGAUUUUUGGUGGAUGUGUUAUAUUUUAUUAUAAUGUAUCUAUCACAUUGUUGACGAAAAAAUCAAACACACCGGCCUGGGAGAUCUGCUUAA